UCUCUCUUCCAAUCUCUUAUUUUCUCUCCCUACUUGGCCAAAAAACCCAAGUCAGAAAAUGGAGGACCAGAUAUCCAAACUGAGCCUGCGGCCCUUCCAUCUUUCAGACAUUGAUGACUUCAUGGUUUGGGCUAGUGAUGAUCUUGUUACUAGGUUUUGUAGUUGGGAUGCAUACACAUCUAAAGAAGGUGGGUUAGCUCACUUGAGAGAUCGAACCCUUCCCCACCCAUGGCACAAGACUAUUUGCCUAAGUGAUCGACCCAUAGGCUCCAUAUGCUUGACCCAAGGGUCAGGUGAGGCCCUUUGUAGAGGAGAAAUUGGCUAUGCGUUGGCCUUUAAGUAUUGGGGCCAAGGCCUAGCAACACAUGCAGUCAAUAUGGUACUCUCUAGUGUGUUCAAGGAUAAGCCAGAGUUGGAGAGGAUAGAAGCUCUUGUAGAUGCUGACAAUGUGGGGUCUCAAAGAGUUUUAGAGAAAGUUGGAUUCAAAAAAGAAGGGCUGCUCAGGAAAUACUUGAUCCAUAGGGGAAAGACCGUUGACGUGUUUAUGUAUAGUUUCCUUUCUACUGAUUUAAUUAAGUGAUUGUACACUUUUUAAUUUAUGUGAAAAUUUGAUUCAAUUUUAAAUUCCCCCACUUAGGGUUUGGGAUCUUAGGCUCAAUUGUUACUAGAUCAUAAAUUUGGAAGUAUGAUUUUGGUUU